AUGUUGCGGCUGGUUCGAGCGGGGCUUGUCAGACCACCGCACGUGUACGCUCGGUCUCAAAAAGCCUUGAUACAUGCUCAAGCGUGUGCAACACCUAGACCAAGUCUGACGCGGUCGGUCCUACGCGUGUUAGCAUGGGUCCCAGUGGCUAUCUUUUUAACGAGCCAUGUCGUAAGCAUCGCCAAUGUGCAUGGGACUAGCAUGACGCCUACCUUCAACCCUAUACCUACCGAUCAGCAUCGGCGACCCACGCAAGUCAAGAGUACAGAUGUUGUAUUGCUGAACCGACUCAUAGCUGCAUCGAGAAAAUACAAAAAAGGAGAUAUCGUUACACUAACUUCUCCGACAGAGCCGAACAAGGUUAUUACAAAACGAAUCCUGGCCCUUGGCGGCGACACUGUAAACCUGUGGGUGCCCCGUGGCUUGGAUCUCACGCCCGUUCCCAAGGAGUUGCGUCAAGGCGAGAUUCAGUCAUUGGCAUACACACAAAUUUAUCACAAUGCCUUGCAUGAGCUGGCAACAGAGACGCAAGAGCAUGAAUCAGGGGCCUGGAUGCGGAUUACAAUUCCCCCAAACUGUGCGUGGGUCGAAGGCGAUGCUAGUGCUCAGCAAUCUCGUUUUGACCGAUUGCAUCCCGAAAUCAAGAGUCGCGAUAGCCGCGAAUUUGGACCUGUGCCGCUUGGUCUUAUUAACUCGCGGAUUGAGUGGAUUCUUUGGCCGCUGUCGCGCUUUGGACGGCCAGGAAAGCGGCCCAUGGAUUCGUAA